GGCAACGAUCUCCAGUGGUCGUCGUGCCCCUCCAUCAUGACGUCGGACGCGCCUGAACCAUAUGUUCAAUCUGGUGACCCUCUGCAUGAGUUUCUGCGCAACUUUUGGCAACGCCAAGUGGACACCGCCGAGAAUGAAACACCGGAUUACCGGCAUCCUGCUCUCCCGCUCGCGCGAAUUAAGAAGGUGAUGAAGAGUGAUCCCGAAGUGAAGAUGAUUGCAGCGGACGCACCCAUCCUGUUCUGCAAGGCAUGCGAAAUAUUCAUUUCGGAGAUAACCGCGCGGGCCUUCAUCGUCGCUGACUCGAACAAACGACGCACUCUCUCCCGACAAGACAUCGCCAAGGCGCUAUCCAAGUCGGACCAGUUCGAUUUUCUCAUCGACAUUGUCCCUCGUGACGAUGGACACGGACACGGAGCAGGACAGGGUGGAUCAACUGGACAGGGGUUCGAUCAAGCCGCGCGAAAGAAGCGCAAGGAGCAACAACAGCCUACGACCAACGGGAGCGGUUCACGGCCGGAAGGCGUCUCCUUGGAUACCUCUGCCGCGGACUCUGGAAGCGGUGCGCUCGAAGAGAUGAAGCAACUGCUUGAAGAUCCAACGUCGCCAAUUGAGCGACACUCAAGAUCGGCUCAAGGUCCUCUCGGCUGAGGCACCACUUGCCGCUGGGAUUCCGUCUCCACUAUCAGCAAUGCAGUCACGUUUUCGUUGACUUGACAUAACCUGAAAUCGUAGGCUGGAACGGACCUCUCGUGCUCCCGAUACGCAUUCGUGUCAGGCUUUGUAUGUACGUGAUUAGAUAGGAGCAAAGGCAUGGUCAUUGUGAUCAAC